AUGCAAAAAGCCUACAUGGUACGCAAGAUUUUAGGCGACAACUUCACCUUCGACCUCGCCAAGUACAAGGCCUACUCUCCGAUCUUCUUCUCUCCCGCCCUGGCCCUCAACUAUGGCCUCUCCUUCGCCGCCUUAAUAUCGUCUAUCGUGCACGUAGGCCUCUUCUACGGCCGCGAGAUCUGGAACCGGUUCAGGACGGCUUCCAACCAGGAACCCGACAUCCACCUACGCCUCAUGCGUGCGUACAAAGAGGCACCGGACUGGUGGUACCUCGCCCUGCUCAUGUCCACCCUGGCGCUCGGCCUGGCAACCUGCCUGGGUUAUUCGUCGCAGCUGCCAUGGCGGGGCUUCUUCGCAUCCAACGCCAUCUCAAUGGUCUUCGUCAUCCCGACAUGCAUGAUCCUGGCCAUCUCGAACAUCGUACUCUCGCUCAAUGUGCUCUCGCCGUUCCUCGCCGGGCUCAUGAUUCCAGGCCGCCCCAUCGGCGUCAUGAUCUUCAAGGUGUUCAGCACAAUCACACUGGGUCAGGCGCAGACGUACAGCGGGGAUUUGAAGCUGGCGCAUUACAUGAAGGUGCCGCCGUGGGUCACGUUCUGGUGUCAGAUUGUAGCGACGGUGUGGGCGGCGUUUGUGCAGAUUGCGGUCAUGAAUUGGACCUUGGGGAAUAUCGAUAGCGUUUGUGAGCUACCACUUUACCUGCCCAACGGCCGCGCCUUCUUCUCCUCCUCGAUCGUCUGGGGCGUCAUCGGCCCCCGCCGCCUGUUCGGGGCGGGCCCCCAGUACGCGGUAUUCCAAUACUUCUGGCUCAUCGGCGCCGCCGUGCCCGCCAUCUUGUACCUUCUCAUCGGAUACCUGAACUUCCGCCCGGCCCGCCACUUCAACGCACCCAUCAUGCUCGGCGCCAUGGCUUGGCUGCCGCCUGCCACGCCGUUCUCGUUCUCGAGCUGGGCGAUUGUUGGGUUCGUGUUCAAUUGGUGGAUUCGCCGGCGGUGGAGGGGUUGGUGGGGUACGUAUAAUUAUAUCACGGCGGCGGGGUUGGAUGCUGGGUUGAUCCUGGGCACAAUUGUGGUCUUCUUUGCGAUUACAUUGCCUAGGGUGCAGGUGCUAAAGUGGUGGGGACAUGAGGGUGUGUUUGAGACGGUUGAUGCGGGUGGGACGGGGUGGUUGAGGAAGGUUGCUGAGGGAGGGACGUUUGGGCCGAGUGAGUGGUGA